UAUAAAAUUGUAUCAUAUUUGUUAAUUAAUAUUAGGUUUGAAAUUCAUUUUACUAUAACGAAAAUUAAACUUCCAGACAACCACGAAUGAUCUGGCAUAUGUCAUACGCUCAUUUUUAGGGAUGAUGACGAUUUAAACAUAUUUUCUACGUUGUACUUCUAUGAAAACAGAAAUUGGAAACAGAAAUGUUGGUAUAAAUAAGUCGAAGUCUUUUUAGUAUACGCUUAUUAUAACAUAAGACAGUACAGUGUUCACAUGAUUUGUUAAUAUCAUUUUUUUGCUUGAAACGUAUACUUGAAACAUUGAAACAGAGAAAAAUAUAUGUGCGAGUGUUAUUAACACUUUUUUUGAAAUUGUUUUACAGAAAACAUGUUUGAGCUACAGGAUUCAAACUCGAAGAUAAAUUUGUUAUUUACAAUGGAUGAAAAUACAGUGCAAGUUGUGCCGACGAAUCAAUCCGGCACACUUACAAUAGAUACCGAUGGAUAUAUUCACGGAAUACCCACGUGCGUUACAUCAUGUGACACUGUAGAUGAUACUGAAAUCAGCAACGCAUAUAACAGCGGUGCUACAAACUUUUUAAGCGCUGAUGCAAUGGACAUUACAGGGUACGAGCAAGUACAAACAGUUGCUGACCCGUCUUCGAUUAUGGAAAUGUACAACAUAAAGGACAAAGACCUAGCGGAUGCUGCGGCAAAGGCUAUGGUAGACGGCAAUAUGAUGCCUUUAAUUAAGGAAGAACUUAAGUGCUCCAUUCAGUCAAAGAGAUUUAAAGCUGGAAAACCAGAACUGAAAGUAGAAUUCACAGAUCCAGAACCGUGUCAGUUAACGGAAACAGAGCAGAUGAAGGUAGAAAAAAGAAAAAUCCAGAAUCGGUUAGCAGCGCAAAGGUUCCGUAAUAAACAGAAAACAAGAGGGGACCAGCUACACAAGGAAUGUCUGAAGCUACAGUCGGUACAGACUCAACUAAGAUUCGAACUUUCCCAGGUAAAGAAAGAACGCGACGAGCUGAAACAAAAGUUGCAGGACCAUUACGCAAUAUGUCCAUUGCGAUAUACUACUACGCAAUUUUACAGUCAGCAAAACAGCACAGGGUGAAUAAAUAGUAAGUGCGCGAAUCAUCCAACCAAAAAAACAGAUGAAAACUAAACCAAAAAAAAGUUUUGUAAUUUAUCAUUUACAUAGCUUUAUAUAACAGGAGCUUUCUUCAGAAGUCACCUAUUUAAAUCGAAACUGUACUGAUUAGUGUAGGGAGUGGAGACUUAUAUGGAACUUAUAGACAACUUUCGGUGAAAUGUUGACUGCGCGCACAUUUAAUACAGUGAAUUAAUAAACAAUGCUAUCCGGAGCACGUGCGUGUGUCAGUGACGGAUAAAUUUAUGUGGGAUUCUAAGUGAUAAAUGAUUAUUUGUCAUUCUGAAGAAAAAAAAACAGAUGAGUAAAAUAAAACAGUGAUCUGAGACACAUGUGCGCACUUUUCUAUGGAAAGUUCACACAUAUAUAUAUAUAUAUUCAUUAAGACUCUGUUGACAGUAGAAUGUAUCGAAUAUGCCAUAUAUACCUCCGUGUUGAUCGUUUUAAUCAAAACAUAUUGUUUUAAUUACUAGAUUUUAUGCAAUGUAUGUUUUUCAUCGAUGUUCAUUGUCUUUCAAAAUACAUGUAUAGUAUACAUUUUUUUAUAUAUUUAUAUAUCGAUGUUAUUUAAAACUGUUUUCAUUUUGUGUAUAGUCAGAUUUGAAACUUCGCAUCCAGUAUUAUUUUCACUGCACUGUUAUUGAUUGAUCGUUCAUUACAAUACUCUAUGAAAUCCAUUGUUGUGUUUUAUACUGCGGGUUACUUUUUAAAAAAAAAAUCUUUAAUUGAACACUUAUUCUUU